GAAAUACGAGUUUUGUUUCAUGCUUCAGCUCCUGAGUGGGUGAUGGCGGGGCUCCAUCUAUACCCUACCAGCACGUUAUUGAUGUAUUUUCUCGCUUCUCAAUGGGGUGAAAUCGUUUUACUUUCACAUCAGCUUAAGAACUAAGCCGGUAUAAUAUUUCCUCAGCCCCUUUACGGUAAACGCAAGUGGAAAGGGUCGGAACCGUACCCGCACAUCGCUCCAGUUGUAUUUUAAGAUGGCCCCGGUUCAGAUCGGUUCGGACGGGCAGCUGGUCCCCGCCGGGGGUCCGACUUCAGCCCCGCAGCCCCCGCUAGGAGCGCCGGCCACGCAAGGUGUCCGACUGAGCCUCCUGAUCGAGUUUCUACUGCAGCGGACCUAUCAUGAGAUCACUCUGCUGGCUGAGCUACUCCCACGAAAAACAGAUAUGGAACGAAAAAUUGAAAUCGUUCAGUUUGCCAGUCGAACGCGGCAGCUUUUCGUUCGACUGCUUGGUCUUGUGAAAUGGGCAAGUAAUGCUGGAAAGGUGGAGAAAUGUGCGAUGAUUUCCUCCUUUCUGGAUCAACAAGCUUACUUGUUUGUCGAUGCGGCUGACCGACUCGCAUCGCUGGCCAGGGACGCCUUGGUACAUGCUCGUUUGCCUAGCUUUGCCAUCCCGUUCGCCAUCGAUGUGCUUACCACGGGGUCUUACCCACGCCUGCCCACGUGUAUCCGGGACAAAAUUAUUCCUCCAGACCCUAUAACCAAAGUAGAGAAGCAGACUACACUAAAUCAACUGAAUCAAAUCUUGCGGCAUCGACUGGUCACAACGGAUUUGCCUCCACAGCUGGCCAACUUAACAGUGGCCAACGGACGGGUGAAGUUUCGAGUUGAAGGGGAAUUUGAGGCCACACUUACAGUGAUGGGAGAUGAUCCCGAUAUCCCCUGGAGACUGCUGAAACUGGAGAUACUAGUGGAAGACAAGGAGACUGGAGAUGGACGGUCGUUGGUCCACAGUAUGCAGGUAAAUUAUAUCCAUGAGCUGGUACAGUCCCGGCUGUUUGGAGAUGACAAGCCUCUUCAGGACAUGUACAACUGUCUUCAUUCGUUCUGCCUGUCACUGCAGCUAGAAGUGCUUCAUUCACAGACUCUCAUGUUGAUCAGAGAGCGAUGGGGUGAUCUAGUGCAGGUGGAGCGCUACCUCCCUGCCAAGUACCUCACGCUGUCCGUCUGGAAUCAACAGGUCCUGGGUAGAAAGACUGGCACGGCAUCAGUGCACAAGGUCACCAUCAGAAUCGAUGAGACCGAUGGUUCCAAGCCUUUACAGAUCUCACAUGAGCCUCCACUGCCGGCAUGUGAUUCCAAGUUAAUGGAAAGAGCCAUGAAGAUUGAUCAUCUUUCGGUGGAAAAGCUUUUGAUCGAUAGUGUUCAUGCUCGCUCGCAUCAAAAACUGCAGGAACUCAAAGCCAUUCUGAAAACCCGCAACCCCAAUGAUAACUCAUUCAUCGAGACUGCCUUACCCACACUGGUCAUUCCAAUACUCGAGCCCUGUGGCCGAUCCGAAUGCCUCCACAUAUUUGUCGAUUUACACUCGGGGAUGUUUCAGCCGAUGCUUUACGGAGUCGAUCAGUCUAUGAUAGACGAAAUUGAGAAGAGCAUCAACGAUGACAUGAAACGCAUCAUCACAUGGCUACAGCAGCUAAAGUUCUGGCUAGGAGAGCAGAGGUGUCGACAGUCUGUAAAACAUCUUCCCACGCUGUGCACAGACACUCUUCAUCUGUCGAAUUUAACCGAUCAUCCUGUGGGCAACCUGUCAAAACACCGCCUUUUCAUCAAACUCACCCGCCUCCCACAGUACUAUAUUGUGGUGGAGAUGUUUGACAUGGCCAGCAGUCCGACAGAGCUGCAGUACAAGUAUUACUUCCUCUCUGUGAGUCAGGUGGAGGGAGAGGACGGCCUUCCCUGUGCCCAGCUGCUGCAGCAGUUUAAGCCCAACCUGGAGGAACUUGUGCAGGACAUUUCCUCUGGUCGAAUAGCUCGCCCCGGAGCCAAGAGGAAGUUGUCAGGAGAGCAAAAUGCAGUUGAACCGAAGAAACCCAAGAGGUCAGGAGAGAUGUGUGCCUUUAAUAAAGAACUGGCCCACCUGGUGGCCAUGUGUGACACCAAUAUGCCCCUCAUUGGACUCCGUUGUGAGCUGUCCAAUAUGGAGAUUCCUCAUCAGGGUGUUCAGGUGGAGGGAGACGGCUGUAGCCAUGCCAUACGUAUUUUAAAAAUUACACCUUGUAAGGCAGUAGGUGAAGAAACGAGAAAGGCUCUAGAGCGCACCCUUCUGGAUUGCACCUUCAGAUUACAGGGCCGAAAUAAUCGCACUUGGGUGGCCGAAUUAAUUUUCGCCAGUUGCCCUCUUAACGGUACAUCUAACAAAGAGCAAGCUUCCAUGCGGCAUGUCUACCUGACGUAUGAGAGUCCACUGUCCGAGCCGGUGGGUGGCAGGAAGGUGGUGGAGAUGUUCUUGAAUGACUGGAACAGCAUUAGUAAACUGUAUGAAUGUGUGCUGGAAUUUUCACGCUCCUUACCAGAAAUGCCAUCGUAUUUAAGCCUGUUCUCAGAGAUACGGCUGUAUAAUUAUCGGAAACUGGUCCUGUGUUAUGGCAACACAAAAGGCAGCUCGGUUACAAUACAAUGGAACUCAGUGACCCAGCGCUAUCAUCUGUCCCUGGGGACUGUGGGGCCAAAUUCAGGCUGUAGCAACUGUCACAACAUCAUUCUUCACCAACUUCAAGAGAUGUUCAACAAAACACCCAAUGUAGUACAACUUCUACAGGUGCUCUCAGAUACUCAAGCUCCUCUGAAUGCCAUCAACAAGCUACCCACCGUGCCCAUGCUGGGCCUCACCCAAAGGACCAACACAGCUUAUCAAUGCUUCUCCAUCCUGCCCCAGUCGCCCACUCAUAUCCGCCUGGCCUUCCGCAACAUGUACUGCAUUGACAUAUAUUGCCGUAGUAGAGGUGUGGUGGCCAUCCGCGAUGGCGCCUACAGUCUCUUUGACAACACCAAGAUAGUGGAAGGUUUCUAUCCUGCCCCUGGACUAAAGACGUUUUUGAACAUGUUUGUGGACAGUAACCAGGAUGCCCGCAGACGCUCUGUCAAUGAGGACGACAACCCUCCCUCCCCCAUUAGCAUGGAUGACAACUUCAUGCCCCACACACAGACGCAGCCUCCGGGCAGAGGCGUAUACCCGCCCCUCACAUCUCCCCCCAACCCGUACCACGUGCCUCCCUCACCUUCCAUGAUGGCAACGCAAUCUCCAGGGAACAUCCAUGCAGCCAAUUCCCCUAGCGGAGCUCUGCGGGCCCCUUCUCCCUUCGGGCCCACCCCUUCUCCCUCCUCCCUGGGCAUUUCUAUGGGGCAGACCUCCAACUUUGCCAGCCCGCAUGGAACUCUUGAUCCCAGUUCACCAUACACAAUGGUGUCUGCUAGCCCAAGGGUUGGCAACUGGCCGUUGUCCCCGCAGGUGUCCGGACCCUCCCCUGGGGCACGGAUCCCAGGCAUGUCACCAGGCAACCCUUCUUUGCACUCACCCAUUCCAGAUGCAUCCCACUCGCCAAGAGCUGGAACCAGUUCCCAGGCCAUGCCAACCAAUAUGCCUCCACCCCGCAAACUGCCCCAGCGUUCCUGGGCCGCCUCCAUUCCCACCAUCCUCACCCACAGUAAAUUGCAUGUGCUGCUUCUGCCUUCACCCAUGCCGUGCCCAGUGCCAGGGCUGGCGGGCAGCUACCUCUGCUCACCUUUGGAACGCUUCCUGGGUUCUGUCAUCAUGAGACGUCACCUACAGAGAAUCAUCCAGUUAGAACCAAAUCUCACUAUCGUGAACUCCAACGAACCAGGCGUGAUCAUGUUUAAAACAGAAGUGCUUAAGUGUAGAGUGGCUUUAAACCCCAAGUCCUACCAGACGCUGCAGCUGAAGGUCACCCCAGAAAACACUGGACCCUGGUCACAAGAGGAACUGCAAGUUCUAGAGAAGUUCUUUGAAACCAGGGUUGCUGGACCACCUUUUAAGUACAACACACUAAACGCCUUCACAAAGUUGUUGGGGGCUCCUACCAAUAUACUCCGAGACUGUGUUCGAAUUAUGAAACUGGAGUUGUUCCCAGACCAGGCUGCUCAGCUGAAUUGGAAUGUGCAGUUUUGUCUGACCAUCCCACCCAGCGCUCCUCCCAUUGCCCCACCAGGAACCAUCGCUGUCGUACUCAAGACCAAAAUGCUGUUCUUUCUCCAGUUGACCCAGAGGCUGCCGGGACCCCUGGAGCCCAUCAACAUCAUAGUGCCCAUUGUGUAUGAUAUGGCCACUGGACUGACCCAACAGGCCGAUAUUCCCCGUCAGCAUAGCUCGUCAGGGGCCGCGGCCCUGAUGGUCAGCUCCAUCCUCAAGAGGUUCAAUGAUCACCAUCCACCACGAGCAGGAGAGUGCACAAUAUUUGCAGCGGUUCAUGAACUCAUGGCUAAUCUCACACUGAACCCAGGUGGACGGCCAUAACUCAGUAUCUCUCAUCAGGAAACUCUCCCGCAGACUUAUCAGUGAAUAAAUUAUCUCCUUAACGUCCAGGGAGAUUCAGGUUAUCUACUACAGCCAAUAAACUCUUCCUCUGGUGUAUAAUAUUGCUAUAAAAGGAGCAGAAAUACGAUGGAACUUUUUUUACUGUACUGUUAUGAAGCAUGUAAACGAACAAAUGGAGCAAAAGCAGGACUUUCUUUUUUAUAGCUUGGCUUAGUUCUGCUGACGGAGUUAUUUUUGUCAGAUGCACUUCUUAAGGAAAGGGUUGUGAUAGAAAAAAUGUUUAACUACAGCUGUAUUUUUUUAAUCAAAUUUUGCAGAAAAAUUGCUGUUUCUUGUAUUACAAGAUAUCAAUACUGUGUAGGUAUUGGAUGCUUUCUUUAUCAGCACACUAUUUAAAUGUUUUUUUUCAUUGCAUUACUUUGACUUAAUACACCUGUCACUUUGAAUAUAGUGACCAUCUAAAGUCGUGUUUUAUUGUUGUUCGUUGGAAUCAUUGAAGAGAUCUAAGACUUUUCUUGUCUGUGUUUAUUACUAUUUAAUAAACUCCAUCAAUUCAUUAAUAAACCCUCAUUUGAUGGCUGAGGUGAAAUAUUUUG